UUUCCAUCACAUUCAGUCGCCUUAUAACAUCAGAAUACACGAAUAUGCAUAUGUAUGUUCACAUCGCGAAUAUCAUUAGAUAAAACCACAUCUGACAGAAUAACACCGAAUUCAAGCUUUCUUCAUCUGCUGACGUGUUUUAUUUGAUUCAUUGUUAUUUUUAGAAACCGAAAGUAAAACAGUAGGAACACCGGGAGCACGCCUGGACUUCCACUGAAACGUGUCGCUUAUUUCUGAAUUUAUCUGAUUUCUCUUCGUCUCCGGAAUGCUGUCGAUUAUUAUCGUUUUACUGAAUCUCCUCAUAGAGACUUCAGUGUCGUUGACUGUGGUGGUUCCUCCUGAUCCUAUAGUGGCUCAUGUGGGAUCCACAGUGACUCUUCCCUGCUGGAUCUCUCCUCCUGAGAACGCUGAAGCUCUGGAGAUCCGCUGGUACCGUCAGGAUCAGUUCAACAACCCUGUUCUCCUCUAUAAUCAAGGGAAGAUCCAGGAUAUCCAGGAGGAAUCGUACAGGAACCGAAGCUCUCUGGCUCUGCGGUCAGAUCAGUCUGGUGGACUGAAGGAUGGAGACAUCUCUCUACAGCUGGAGAAACUCAGAGUACAAGAUGGAGGUUUAUUUCACUGUUAUGUGAGCGGAGAACAUUCAUAUGGGACUGAAGAGAUGACUCUCAAAAUCACAGCUUUAGGAUCCGCUCCUGUCCUGUCUCCAAAGUCUCUAGAUGAUGGUCGUGUGAACAUCAGCUGCAGGUCCAGUGGCUGGUAUCCAGAGCCCAGUGUCUCCUGGACAUCAGAUGAAGGAAGGGUUCUCCGUCCUGGAGGAACGUCUCACACUCGUGGAGAAGAUGAGAUGAUAUCUACCCACAGCUGGAUGGUCGUCUCUCUCUCAGACGCUAAACUGGUCUCAUGUUCAGUCUCUCUCAGAACUGGAGAUUUAAAAGAAGGAAGACUGGACAUACAGGGCAUUGUGUCUUCAGGUCCAUCAGAUUCAUCAGGUCCAUGGAUGGCUCUUUUCCUCACGUUUCUCAUCUGUUCUCUUCUGGGUUUGUUUGGGCUGAUCCUCUACAAAUACAGACACAAACGAACAGGAAAGAAACCAGCUGAAGAAAACUGUGAGGAGGAGACUCUGGAGAGACUGCUAAAAGCAGUUGUGGAAGACAUGAAUAUAGAAGAACUGAGGCAGCAUGCAGUUGAGAUCACUAUCGACCGUGAGCGUUUACAUCCAGGUCUGAAGGUUUCUAAAGACUUUAAAAUAUUGAGGGACAGUAGAGAAUAUGAACACACUGGAGAGGGAUUUCCAUAUGAAUUAUGUGCUUUUGGAGCCCAAAGCUUCACCUCUGGUCGUCACUAUUGGGAAGUAGAGCUGGCAGCUCCACCUAAACCUCCCAAAAUCUUCUGGAUGAUUGGUGUGGUGAAAGAGGAAAACCUUCCUACAAGAGACAGUUCUGCUUUAACUCCAUCAGCUGGUUUCUGGUUCUUGUGUUCAGACGGUCCUUAUGGCUUUUGCACUAACACUGAUCCAUUGAUCAGAUUCUCCCUGACACCGAGACCUGAACGACUGGGAGUUCUGUUAGAUUAUGAUCACGGUCAGCUGUCAUUUUACAACGUCACAGAGAGAAAACAUCUCCUGACCAUCAGCAGCAGAUUCUCUGGAUCAGUCGUUCCUCUCUUCAAUCCUGGAGCUGGUGAUGAGAGUCCACUUAAAAUCCUGGAUCUUCCAAAACCUGCAGAACCAGCUGAACCCAGUCCUUCACAGAGUAACACGGCAGCUGUAGAAUCAGAUGUAAAGGCCAGUGAUGAUCCAAAACCUGUAGAACCAGCUGAACCCACUCAGCCUUUACUGAGUAACAUGGCAGCUGUUGAAUUAGAUGUAAAGGCCAGUGAUAAUGCAGAACCAGUAGAACCAGCUGAAUCCAGUCCUUUACUGAGUAAAAAGAGUUCAGAUGCUUGACUGACUUUUAAAUGCAGUUUAAUCAGAAGGACAUACGUGCAUAAAAAUACCUGAUGCAUGAAAAACUACAAACAUCUGUUAAAAUGUACUGAUAUGGUUCAGACACAAUGAUUUUUAAGAUUAGGGUUAAUUCCCAGUGAUAAUGCAUCAUUAAUUAAAUAAAAAGUCAAUUAAUGACAUCUUCACAUGACGUGAUCCAAUCCUACAGUGUCACAUGACGACAUCAAAUCAGUGCUGUAGAUUUAAUUCCUCCCUUGUUUCGACCAACAAUACUCCCAAUCAAACUAUCUAAACAACUAACACGGCCAGUCGAGGGGUUAACUGUUUAAUCAUCAGAUAUAACACAACACUCUACGUGACACAAACAAUGAAUGUGAGCAUGGAGGUGUGUGUGUGUGUGUGUGUGUGAACAUCUGCCUACAGUCACAUAAAGACCCCAGAGGAAAAUGAUGGUAAAAUAAACUUUUGAUUAUUAAUCAUGUAAAUACAAAGGCAGCUAACGGAUCUACAUACAUGUGCAAAUGUUUUAACACGUUAGAGAUAAUUUUGUGAUAGAAUCAUGUUAGAUUUAUCUCAGCUCUGUGGUACCACUUGUGUUAAACUGUUCUGUAAAUACAUGAAUGUCUCAUUGUGUACUAGCGUUUAAAUAACGUUAAAGCUGCAGUCAGUAACUUUUGACGCUCUUUUUUUUAUUUGGUAUUUUAAUAAAAAACUGUGAACUGAAA